AUGAGCACACAAGCGGCCAACCUUGAUACCUACAGCCUGUCGCUGCUUACGGCCAAAGAGGACAUCCUUAACCCCCGUUCUUCCACCAACUGGGCAUUAUUUGCAUAUGAUGGAUUCACCAACAAGCUCAAACUGGCCGACUCAGGAGCGGGUGGUGUGGAAGAGCUGGCAGGAAAGUUUGACAUCUCUAAGCCUCAAUAUGGACUGUGCAAAGUUGGGAGUGCAGAGACAAGCAGCCCCCAGAUUGCUAUGAUCAUCUGGGUCAGCCAAACUGUUGAGGACGUCCGACAGACAGAAUGUGCCAGCCAUAUUCCAUCCAUCAAGAACUUCUUUAAGGAAGCACAUGUGUUCAUUAGAGCAGCGAAGAUGGAGGAUGUGACAGAGGAGAGGCUAAGAGCUGAGUUCAAUAAGGCCAAUGCCCAAGCUCCUAUACAGUGGGCGAGGAGGAGCUCCAGGUCUGCUGACAAUGAGGACAUAGUGGGUACAAACUACAGAAAAACCAAUGCUGCAAUGGAAAUCAGACGAAUAAACAGGGACUCGUUCUGGGCACGUGCAGAGCGUGAAGAGGAAGAGAGGAAAGAAGACGAGAGGAGACGAGCAGCAGAGGAGAGACGGCAGCUUGAAAAAGAACGAAUUCUGAAGGAACGAAGGGAAGCAGAAGAGAGAGACAGAAAGAUGAAUGAAAAGCUACAGAUUAUUGAGGAGCAGAGAAGAAAGCAGGCCGAGGAGGAGGAAGACAUGCGCAGAAAGGAGAAAUUAAGAUGGGAGCAGCAGCAGAAGGAGCAUGAGGAAGAUAUGAGAGCUCGUCUAAGAAGGCGUGAGUCCAUAGAGAAAGCAGCAGAGGCAGCAGCAUUAGUGUCCCAGCGAUCCAUUAACCCUAGGGAGUUCUUCAGGCAGCUGUCAUCAUCAUCAUCAUCGCAAAGUCCAACUAGCCCUGGAUCCUCCCGCACUGGUAAACUGUUCAGACGAUACCAGCGCAGUCUGACAGACACAGCGUUUAUCUUCUCUAAGGCAGAAGAGAGUGCAGCAUCCUCCCCCCGCAGUUCUCCCCUUGUCUCCCCUUUUUCCCGGGCACCUCCCUCCCCCAUCUACCAUGCCACUUCUCCCCCCAGGAGCGCUGAUUUCCGCCCUGUCACCUCUCCACAAAGGCCCAGAGCCCCAGUGUCACCACCCAGAUCCCCUCCUCGUUCUGCCCCUCUAGUUUCAGCCCUGCCCAUCCUUCCGCAAACUAACAACCAAAUUGAUUCUGUUGUUGAGCCUAAAACUCCAUCACCUACAGAACCUUCUGCACCCCCGGCUUCCCCUACUCUUUUGGUAUCUUUGUCUCCCAGUACAGUAAAAAGCAGCACCUCUCAGUCACAUCCAGAGGCCCUGCCUUCCUCACCCCCAAAUACCCCAACCCAGCCAGGGCAUGCGACUUUCUCCUUUGAGCCUGGUUUUCCUUCGCAUGCUCCAACAGCACCUCUUCCUGAGAGACUUCAGCCGAACACAGAGGAAGAGGAGCAGGACAAGGAGGAGAAGGAGGAAGAGAAAGAGGAGGAGGAGGAGGACAAGGAGGAGGCUGAGGUGGGAUUAAAGCAUAAAGCUGAGCAUGCAUCACUGGAGGAGCCAUUGGAGGUGGUGGAGUGGGAAGAGGAAGCAAAGGAAGAUGGAGAGGACAUCGACCAAUCAGAAGACAGCCAGGGACCUGCAGAGCCUGAUGAACUUUCAGAGCAGGAAGAAGAGUCAGCAGUCACAGAUGCUGAAGCAGUUUGUCAAGAAAUCAAACAGGAGGCUGUUGUCCUAUCAGCCAAUAGGAUCACAAACGGAGGGGACAGACAGGAACAGAAUGGCAUAGAACGAUCUCUGAGUCCAUCUGACACAGAACUCAGCUCACCGGAGCCGGCCGUGUGCUAUAAUGUUCAUGUCAUGGCAGAGGAGGAUGAUGUUGUUGAGGAUAAGUAUCAGGAGAUCUCAGAAAAUGGACAAGAGGUGUUAGCCAAGCGACAAAUGUGUGUCCGAGCUUUGUAUGACUACCAAGCAGAAGAUGAAUCGGAGAUCUCCUUUGAACCUGGUGACAUCAUCACCAAUGUGGAAACUAUGGACAAAGCCUGGUGGAGGGGGUGGAGCAAAAAUGGCCGCCAAGGCUUGUUCCCUGCCAAUUAUGUGGAGACCAUAUAGAUCUGUAGAUUGAGAUGCACUAACACACACACAGACACACACAGUACAUGUACACACACACUCAGGGACACCAUCUCCCCUCACGUUUAUGCGUGUUUUUACCUUUAUCCUCCUACUGAAACUUUGUACUCUGUUUUGUAGAAAGGAUAAAGAAAAAAAAUGCUACUCUUUAUUUUGAUAGUUUUUGAGAAAAACAAAAUGUUUUCACAAGAAUAGAGAAAUUACCCAGCCUCAUUUUUUUGGAUAAAAUAGAAAAGACCCUUUCCUCGACCAAAAUAACUUAUUUACUCAGUACAAUACAAUAGGAAUGUUGGUGGGCGAGAUCACAUCACAAUGACAAAUGAUCACAAACUUUCUUUUCUUGUAAGAAACACAAACAGGUUUUUAUAGCAUAUAGUCUUCUUCUUGAUCCACACAUAUACUAAGCACACCAUUUUGCAUACUCUUUGCUUGCUUUGUUUGUGCAUUGUUAAAAAAAAUAAUUUACUGGUCUUGACUGGUAUAUAUAAUCAAGAUACAUGUAUCCGACAUCAUCUUGUAAUCAUCUUCCUGUAUUUUUUUUAGAGUUCUUUUGUUGCACUGCAUUUUUUACCUACAGUUUCACAUGACAGUUUAAUUACACAAAUGAGAAGAGCAGCAUAACAAUAUACAAGCAAGCAAAGGAUAAAGGCACUGUACUGAGAACCGCAGU